GUCCCUGCUCCUUUGUAAAGUUGACCAGAAUCAUUAACAGAUUACCCUUUAACAGAGGGAAGCUCUGUAGGGGAACAUGUUCACACUUGCCGGAAUAUCCAGGGAGUAAUUGCACAAGAUCUCUUUUGUUUAAUCUCCUUCUCAAUUUCCCUGCACGUCAACCUGCUGCGAGCAGCUAGAAGUCCGAAGGAGCAGACUGCAUUUCAUCUCUGGAGCAACCCAACCCUUCGUAGCGCAGGUCACAGGAUUUGGUGCCCCGAAGGCAAACUAGAUCCUCGCUGAACCAAGAGGAAGGCACCGUAUAACAGGUAUGCAUCAGAGGGUGGGAAGACUGACUCCCGAAGUAGAGCUGGCUAGGAGAUGUCUGCAGUUGAGCGAGGAGAUGAGCCUGCCAGAUAAACAAGGCAAUACCAAUGCAGAAUGGAGAGCUCUUCAUAUGGCUGCCUGGAAUGGGAACACACGUCUUGUAAAACAAUUACUCCAACAAGGAGAAAAAAUUGAUGACAGGGAUGAUCUUGGAUGGACCGCUCUACACUGUGCAGCUUCAAAUGGUCACUCGGCCACAGCAAAACUUUUGAUCCAACGGGGAGCUUCUCUUCAUAUCCAAGAUGCCUCAGGCUGUACCCCUCUCCACCACGCUGCAUGGAGUGGCCAUACCAACCUGACUGAAGUGCUUCUUAACCGUGGGGCCCAUGCCACAGCCCUUACAAAGGGAGGCCUCACAGCUCUGCACUUAUCUGCUGCCAAUGGGCACACACUCAUCACCCAGCUAUUGCUAAAACAAAACCUGGACCCGUGUAUAGGUGAUAACAACCAAUGGAGUCCUUUGCACUGGGCCACAGUAAGUAAUCAUGUCCAUAUCAUGGAGCUGCUUGAAGACUACGGGGUCCCUCUAGCACUAGAAGCUGCGGGGAAUCUGACCCCACUACAUAUUGCUGCAGAGACGGGAAAACUAGAAGCUUUGUACUACCUGCUGGAAAAGGGAAUUGAUGUGAAUAUUCAAGACCAGCUAGGCCGGACUGCUCUGGCUGUGGCAGCCAAUAAUGGUAACUUGGAGGUGGUCCAGCUGCUAUUGGAGAGAAAAGCUCAGGUGGACAUCCCAGAUAAGCAUGGACGAACAGCACUACACAGAGCAGCGGGUGCCGGACACCUCAGUGUCAUACAGUUGCUGGUUCAGGAUGGAGCCUCUCUAAAUAGAAAAGACAGUCUGGGCCUUAAUGCAAUGCAUAGGGCAGCCCUGUUGGGACACCUCCAAGUGUCCACUUACCUUCAAGAACAAGUGACAUUAACUGAGGAUGCACAUCUAGAAUGAAGCCACAAACCAAAUUAAAUAGACAUGGUCAAAUCCUGGAAAUCCUCCACUGUAAAUUUCCACAAGGUCAAAGCCGUAUCAAGGAUACUCUAAUCUAUGAGAAAACUAUGGCAAGCUGUUGGACAGAAUGGUCACAUUUGACAAAAUCUCCAUUUACUUUUGAUAGACGUCUAGUAUGAUUUUGAUGCAACACUCCAUGUGGGAUGUCCGAGUGGACUACAAGCACCCUUAUUGAUCCCCCACCAGACCCCCAAACUCCCUUUGCCCCAUUCAGCUUAAUUACUCCUUCCCCUUCUUGCUUGUCAUUGUCCUUAUAUCCUCUUCUUGCACUCUUUACUACACUUUCUCUCUUUACCCUUUUCUUUUUUCUUUCAUUUUUUUCUAUUUUCUAUCUUCUUACAGGCUUGAGUCAAGUACAAUGAGGUCUAUACUAUGGAACAGUGUUUUCUCUGCACUUUUUCACAGCACCCCAUACAUAAUUAGCUUCAGCCCACAUACUGAGAUGACUGUCACUAUGCUUGGUGCAUGUGACAUAUGCUGGCUUCACAUCCCAUAACAUUUAUGAACAGUCAUGUAUGUACAACCUGACUUGAAACGUACGUUUUGUAAUGUUGUAAAACCCAAUAAACAUUUUUUAAUGAAAAGAAUAAA